AUGGGCAGAAAGGCCCAGAAAAAGCGCAGGGUCAUGCGAGCAACCGGCCUGUCUCUGCAAGUUCUCCCCAAUCACGGUAAACAGUGUCUAGAGCUUUCUACCAUGACUCGUACAAACAAAGGAAACGACCGCAACCACAGUGCCAUCGCCGAUGGUACCGCCCUCCCUGAAGAACGUCUCCCCCGCUACUUCGCCAAACAUGGCCACGUUGAUGCUGAUCCCAAGGGUGUCAAGAAGCAAGGCGGUGGUAAGGGUAACUGGGGCCGUGAUGGCGAGGAAGUCCAAGACUAUGGCUACACCCUCAACAACGCUCGCCGUCGAUCCAACUCUAGCACCCAAGCUCUAGGGGACUUCAAGACCAAAUUCGAAACCAUGGACACCGAUCCCGUCUUCGAGGAAGAGUUGCAUGGACCCACCGAAGAGGAUAUUGAGAAGGCUUCCACCCACGACAGCACUGACUCCAGCACCUUGGGAGGCAGUAUUGAUGAUGACGACAAGAAGUUGUAA